UUUGCUAUCCCCCCCCUUUCGCCCGACCCGACAGGGGAGCCUUGCGUGCCUUUGCAGCUUUGGUUUUCAAUAGGGUAUCGUCGAGUAGCGUCUGGUAAUCGAUGGGGCAGCGCCGACUUGGCGUCGAUUGGCGUCGAUUUAGCGUCGAUCAGCGCCGAAUCGCAAAAGUCAACAAGAUGUAUACGGUGAGCUCCAAUGAGUUGCCGCACAAGGUGGCCUUCAACCACGGCGCGCUCUUCUUCAACUUCCGCUACUUCGUGGAGGACCAGGUGAGGAGAACACUGAGAUUCUGGCGUCUCGGUUUCUUCGAGCCAGGCGUCUUCGCCAGGUUCGGGUCGCGGGACCCUCACAGAUCGAUCCGCCUCGAAAAGGGGCGCAGGCAGAUGAGUUGUUUCCCCCCUGUUUUGAAGGCCAAACCAGCAUGUUCUCAGAGCCUGGCUUGACAUCUUCUGGCAAUUUCGGUGUGUACGAAGGAGUCCCAGAAUACAACCAGACACAGUGUAUCUCUGCAUUCAAGAGGUACGCGUGGUGUUUUCUUGCGCUGUCAACUGCUUCUCGGCGACCCUGGCGCGGCAUAGCCGUUGCCAAGCGAGCCGGAGGCGGGUGUACAAAUAACGCCUCGUAUGUUGCACUAGUAUGGAUACGUUUGGCAAAAAACCAGAAGGGCUGCAUGGCUCUUGUCGUGAUAUGUCAGAUGUGUUAGUUCUUUCGCGCCGUCGGAUCUCAGGGAAUGUAUUGAUACCGUGCCGCUGCCGUUUCCCUCGUCACCACGGUUGGAGCCGCCUCGAACCCCUCGUUCUUGUGCGACCCAGGACACGCCUGUGGAGUAAUUGGCGGGGUGGGUAUCCGGUUGCCUUCCCGGGAGGAGGGCCACGAACACUCCUGGGAGGCCGCGGUGUCCUUCUGGCUGGUCAGCUUUGCGCACGAGCUGGCCCACCUCGAGACCCCAGCGCACGACCGCCGGCACGGGCGCGCCAUGGAGGCGGCUCAGCGCGCCGUGCUGCCCGAUCUGCCGAAGGUCAUGCGCCAUCCUUGGGGCGUGGCCGCGGAUAAGAGUCCAGAGCCGUGGCUCUUGCAGUACGAGAGUGCGGGCGUCACCGCGGUCUUCGACGUGCCCCAUUCGACGCUGCUCGCGCCCGUCAUCGCGCGGGCGGGGCUAAGCUCAGCGAGCCCAGCGCGGGAGACCACGCUGUGCGAGCAGCGCUGCUUCACCAGGUGUGCCAAGGCACACCUCCACGAGCAGUCGGCGGCGAGUCGCGGGGCGUCCGAGGAGCAUUGGCUCGGAAACGAGGCUGCCGAUCUGGCGGGCGGCCGCCGCGGCUGCCCGCCGUUCCGCGACGGCCAUUCGGCAGGGGCGGCCGUCAGGGUGGCCGCGCUCGCGGCGCUUCUGGCAUGGUGGGCCGCGCCUGCGCCCGAGCCGUCCGAGGCCGCUCCGCCGCCUGGCCGUGGAGUCAGGGCUCAGGCACUGGCGCGGGCCAAAUUUUUCUGGCCGAUGCGCGGGAUCUCGCCAAAGUCGUCGUUGGCCGCGGCGAAGGCGAGGCGGAACGCGCCGAUGUCGGCCGGCGUCGUGCCCUUGAAGAUGAAGAUGAGCUCCUCGGGGCUGUCGACGCCUCCAUCCUUCAGCUCGACGUCCCACCCUCGCGCAGGCCUGUCGCUGCGCGGCCUCUCCGGCGGGGAGAAGAAGCGCCUGAGCAUCGCGGUCGCCAUGCUGCCGGAGCCUCCGAUCGUCUUCGCCGACGAGCCCACCAGCGGCCUCGACGCGCUCGCGAGCCUCAAGGUGCUGCAGGCGCUGAAGGCGGUGGCCGACGGCGGCAUGAUCGUGCUGGUCACGGUCCACCAGCCGCGCGGCGCGGUGUGGGAGCUCUUCGACCGGCUCUACCUGCUAUCGGAGGGGCACCUGAUGUUCACUGGCGAGGCCUCGAGGGCGGCCUCGUGGUUCAAGGAGCUCGGCUACGGCGUCCCGGAGGACGGCGGCGGCGGCUCCACGAGCCCGGCGGACUGGCUGCUGGACCUCGUGACGGUGGGCUUCGACAAGGGGGCGCUGGAGCACCGCUGCUGCACCAGCCUGAAGGAGGUGGCGGAGGCCUCCUGCAAGUUCAAUAGCAGCGAGUACAUGGCCCGGGUGAACGCAGAGGUUGCCAUGGCGUGUAGCGGCGCCGUGGCGAGCAGCGCGCCCUGGCCGCGGGGGAGCAGAGGCGACGGCAGCCCGGGCCGCGUUGGGGCGCACGU